AUGGCGGCUGAGGCUCAGGAUCAGGAUGCUACUCAUCCUCCUCCGUCAGAAACAUCACCAUUGCUGGGUGGUGGAGCGAGCGUCGAAAACGGAGGACCGUCGGGUGAAGGUGAAGCGAACAAUACAGGCCUCCCGUUGGUAGAGGAAGCCAGCUUCGGGGAGCUCUUGAAAAUAUUAACGAGUACUUGGGUUGGUGUGUUUUUUGCAGCUCUCGACGGCACGAUUGUUGCUACCAUUUCGGCUCAGAUAUCUUCCUCGUUCAAUUCAUUGUCACUUAUAUCAUGGCUUGCCACCGCUUACCUGGUCUCGAGCUCUGCCUGUCAGCCCAUCAGCGGCAAGCUAACAGACAUCUUCUCUCGCCGAACGGGACUGGUUAUAUCUAACAUUCUCUUCGGAGUCGGUAACCUGAUUUGCGGUCUUGCUACAAAAGAAUGGGUCAUGAUCCUUGGACGAGUUAUCGCCGGGAUGGGCGGGGGAGGACUGACGGCGAUUUCGACAUUCCUCACGUCUGACCUGGUGCCUCUGCGCAAGCGAGGUAUCUGGCAAGGCAUUGGAAACAUUUGUUUUGGAAUUGGGAGCGGUCUCGGCGGUAUAUUCGGUGGAUAUGUGAACGACAACUGGGGGUGGCGGUGGGCAUUCCUUAUCCAGGUACCCUUUGUCGCCGUCUCCGCUAUCCUGGUGUCGAUAUAUGUCAAUGUACCCGUCAGGGUGACAGACACCUCUCGGUGGAAGAGGAUUGACUUCCUCGGUGCCGGGACCUUAGUCUGCGCUCUCGUUCUCUUCCUACUUGGACUCAAUUCUGGUGGCAAUCAGGUGCCAUGGACGCACCCUUUGGUUCUCACAACAAUUCCUCUCUCAGUCGUGCUUCUGAUCGCUUUCAUCUAUAUCGAGGAUAGGGUCGCGGCUGAGCCAAUUAUCCCUAUCCGCCUGCUCAUGGACCGUACCGUUCUAUCCUGCUGCUUGACCAACUGGUUUGUCACCAUGGCUGUCUUUGCCCUCUUCAUCUAUAUACCCGUCUUCCUCCAGGUACAGGGCUACACGGCUACAUUGGCUGGAACUCGUUUGGUUGCACAGGCUCUUGGUACCUCCGUCGGCUCUCUAGGUUCAGGCUAUCUGAUGCGUAUGACCGGACGCUAUCUUUACUUUAACUACGGCUCAGUCGUCCUGAUUGUCAUCGGAAUAGCAUUGAUAUGCUCCGUCAAUCUCGCAACACCGGCUGUCCCGCCUUUUAUCUACUUGUUUAUCUCAGGGUUGGGAUACGGCGGCAUGCUUACCUCCACCCUUGUGGCCAUCAUCGCCGCCGUGGACCAUGAACACCAGGCCGUGGUCACCUCUGCCUCCUACGCCUUCCGCAGCACAGGCAGCUCGAUCGGAAUAUCAGUCGCCUCGGCCGUGUUCCAGAAUCUUCUCCGGUCUGGCCUCUGGUCUCGCCUUGGACACCUCGGUAAUGCCGAAAAAAUCAUCCGGAAAAUUACAGAACGGUUUGAGGAGAUCUGCAAUCUUCCUCCAGACAUAGCUGCGAUUGUUCGGAACUGCUACAUGGGCUCGCUCCGGGCAGCGUUCUUGACUGCCCUAGGACUGGCUGCCAUGGGAGUAUUGGCAAGUUUGGCGAUGAGAGAACACAAGCUGCAUAUGAGCCUGGCCAGAAAGGACUAA